AUGUCUGGUGCAGGCCCCUCUCUCCACCCCGGCGACUGGCCGUCGAGGGCUGUUCUGCAGUUCCCUCCCGAUGCCGCUCCCUUGCCCAUUCCUCCCCCAUGGACUGGCGAGUCGACGUUUGCGAACCCUUUCCCGAUCCCCGAAGACAUCUACCAGGGCGCGUUGUCGUACAAGGUGCCCCUGACCAUUGCCUCCGUCUACUUCGUCACCGUCACCUAUGUCAACUGGUACAACCGCCAACACGGUAACAAGCCGUGGAGGAUCGCCAAAACCCGCCCAUUCUACGCCUUUGUCAUCUUCCACAAUGUCUUCCUGGCUGUCUACUCGGCCAUUACUUGCGUCGCCAUGAUCCGCUGCCUCAAGCACUCUUUCCCCCACUACAGCGAGCCCAACGCCGUUGUCGGUACCAUUGACGCACUUUGCAAGAUCCACGGUCCCCGCGGACUCGGCGACGCUGUCACCUACAACAACACCAACGAUGUCUGGAGCAGCCUGAACUCUAAUGUUCUUGUAGGCCCUAGUGGCCUGCCAGACCAGACGGAUGUUGGCAGAAUCUGGAACGAGGGUCUUGCUUUCUGGGGCUGGUGGUUCUACCUCUCCAAGUUCUACGAGGUCCUUGACACGGCUAUCAUUCUGGCCAAGGGCAAGCGCAGCACCACUCUCCAGAAGUACCACCACGCCGGUGCUAUGUUGUCCAUGUGGGCUGGUAUGCGCUUCAUGUCACCUCCCAUUUGGAUGUUCGCCCUGGUCAACUCUGGCAUCCACGCCAUGAUGUACACCUACUACACCGUCUCAGCCCUCGGCUACCGCGUCCCCAACGUCGUCAAGCGAACCCUUACCACGCUUCAAAUCACCCAAUUCCUUGUUGGAUCCGCUUUCGCCGCCAUCCACCUCUUCGUCUCCUACACCGUCCCCGUUUCGGUCGCAUACAAGGUCGCUGAGAAGGUUGCUCCCAAGGUCGUCUCGUCCUCCGUCUCAUCCGCAGUUGCCUCUGCUACUGAAUCGGUUGCUGAAGCCCUCCCCACCGCGACCGGUGUUGCUGUAGCCUUCCUCAGGAAGCUAAUUUACCGCGCAGCUGGUGACGAAGGUCUCGCUGAGAACAUCCCCGUCCCUGGUCAGCCUAUUCCGGUUCGCCAGCAGCAGCAAGUCAUUGCUGGAGAGCCUGUUCCUACCCACAACGCGGUCCAUGACUUCUUCCACCCUCACGAGACAGUCGAGAAGACCUUCUACCGCACUGAGUACCAGACCGUUCCUUGCGUCGACACCUCCGGCCAAGCUUUCGCCAUCUACGUCAAUCUGAUCUACCUCGCACCGCUCACCAUCCUCUUCAUGCGCUUCUUCUUCAAAUCCUACCUGCGCCGCUCCUCGCCUAACGCCAAGAAGGACUUCAAGCCUCGCACAAUCUCCGACGCAGCUGGUGACGCCAGCCGCAGCGUGGAGCGCGAGCUCGACUCCCUUGACAAGUCCGCUGAAGACGCCAUCUCCUCAGGUGUGAACAGGGCUAGGGACGCUGUUCGCGGAAGGAAGCCCACCAACGGCCACAUCAAGGACGAGCGAAAGGGUAGCAUGAGCCCGGCCAACCAAAAGUUCCUCGAGAACAUCAACCGCCGCGUCAGCCAAAAGCUCCAGGAACUCGACGAGGGUGCCGAUGCUACAAGCAAGAAGGCUAGGCAGAUUGCCAAGGAGCUGGUUGGCAAGGCCGAGGCUGCAGGUGAAAAGGUCGAGCAGGCUUACGAAGAUAACGAGGAGGACGUUAAGGAGGCAGAGAAGGCCAAGGAGAACGCCGACCGGAAUCGCAGCCCUAGCAAGCUGCCUCGCAAGCAGAACAAGAAGAACGGCAAGAACGGUCAGACCGACGAACAGGUGGCUAAGCCUGAGCAGGAGCCUGAGCCAAAGGACCUCAAGAACACCCUUGACAAGAAGGAUGGCAAGGGUCUUUUCUAG